AUGGACUUCGUAGAAGCUAAAACAACUUUAGAAAAUAUUAUUUCUGAUUAUAAUGAAUUUGAAAAUUGCAAAAGUAACUGUGAAAUAAUAGACGAAACACAUAAUCAAAAUAAAUUAUCAUAAUUUGAAUAAGACUCUAACUGCUUUACCUCUCUGAAUUUCUGA